UGCAGCACAUGGUAUGCUGUAUCGCUUACUAUAACUGUUGCUGUGAUUGCAGUGAACCUCCUAUCAAUUAUUCUUUUUGUAAAGAACAGUAAUCUUCGCACUCGUGCCAUGUACUUGGUUAUAAACUUGUCCGUGGCUGAUAUGUUUGUUGGAGGAAGUUUCACUGUCUUUAUAGUAUUUCAUUUCCUCCUCCACGGUUGCGAAAUUCGAGAUGUAUUUUUCACCCGGCAGGAAUUGCCACCUACUAUGGUUGUGCUUUGCACGACCGCGGCGUGGCUCCCCCUCACCUCUCUAACAAGCAUUGCAAUAAUUUCUUUAGAUCGGAUGCAUGCGACGUUUCGUCCAUUCAGGCAUCGCAACAUUAAAAAAUGGGCCUACAGGGUAACAAUUGCAGGCGUCUGGAUUUUAACUGCGAUGACAGUAAUUCCCUUUCCGUUAAUACGUCUCUAUGGGAACUUGCAUCAACAGUGGCAAGUGCUAUUUCCUUCGUACUUAUGGAUGUCAUAUGGUCUCCUUUGCCUUGUUGCUAUCUGUGUUUCCUACACCUCCAUUGCUUUAAAAUUUUGGUGUGGAACUCGACCUCCGUCCCAUGGUGCAGCCAAUAGACAAAGAAAACUGACUGUCACAUUAUUCAUAAUGACCACUGUAUCUUUGCUGCUGUGGUUACCAUCUGUUGUAUAUACUUUUGUUCCUUAUUCUGUUGUAGAUAGACUUUCUUUACGGACACAGUUUCGCUUGAGAUCAUCUUUUUCUGUUCUAUUCCACACAAACUCGCUUGUUAAUCCCAUUAUUUACACAAUCAGAAUGCCAGAGUUCAGAAGAGCUCUCCUGAUAUUAUUUAAACGUCGACAAAGACGAAAUGCUGCUAUUCCUCUUCAAGCCCGUUAA